AUGAGAUGGAUAUAUAUUUACCAUCUUUAUGAGUUCUUAAUCUUCUUUUUUAGCUAAAUAAGAUUGAUAUAUUCCAGUACUAAUUAUCCAGUAAUUAUACCAAACAACUAUUAAAUUACUUAUGACUCUACUACCAAAGAUAUUUACUCAUAUUAUAAGUCUUAAGGACUCGUUGUUGCUGAUAAGAGCGAUCCUAACAAUAUACAAAUUUGUCAUUUCAAUAACUAGUUUAAUCUGCUCGUUUAAGAGUCAGUGAAUAGUAUUUAUCUUUACUUAAAGGUAGAGUAUAUCUUAUCAAAUUCUGUAGAGUACGAAUAUAUAAUAGCUUUCAAUAAUGAGAGGCUUAGAGGAUAAAGGAUACCAGUUAUAAAUAGUAGUAAUAACAUUCCAGGAUCUCCAAGUUUUUUUUAUGACUCAAUUUAUAUCUUUUAAAUGAGCUAUAUAUUUCAAGAUUCUAUAAAGCCAGCACAAACUGAUAUGAAUGGUGUAGAACUCACUCAUAAUACUAAUAACUCUUAACUCUAAUACUACUUAUGUCUGAAUCAAGGUAUUUACAUAGCAACUCUUUUAGAAGGUUCAAUUUAGACAUAGCUUAGUUUUUCUAAAUAUACCUUUGCCCAAAAUCUAAUUAGUGGUACUGCCUGCAAAUCUAUUAUCAAAUAAAAUUAUUCAACAGUACUAAUUAAUUAAAAUAUUUCCUGCAACCCUUAAGGAUGUACUAAAUAUAGUGUGACUGUUGAUACAUCCGUUUUUCUUGAGAUUAACGAUUCUAUUAAAUAAUCUACUUAUAGUAUCAGUGAAACUACAUGGAAUUCUUUACCUUACUCAUGGACAAGUGUUCCUAUUUUAUAUGCCUUUGACUACUAAAAGUCAGGUCAAUAUACUUUGUAUAUCUUAGCAGAUCAGACUAAUUAGAUGAUUUUGAUAAAUAUUAGAGACUAAGUAGAUAAUUAAAUUUUUGUAGGGUAAUUGCAAGGAAUCACCAACUUGAGUAACAGAGUUAUCUCUUAUAAUACUAAUGCAUUAUAUGUAGUAGAAACAACUAAAAAAACAAAUGCUUAGAUUAUUGCAUUUUGCAUCAAUUCUACUUUCAAUAAUACUCAGAAACUUUGUGUCAAAACGACUGAUUCCAAUUGCUUAUUCGAAAAUAACUCUGUUUGCCUAUUAUGUAGCUCUACUACUUUUAUAGAUCCUAUUUCAAAACUUUGUGUAAAAUGUCCAGAUACUUGUGUUGGUUGUACAAGUGCAAAUAUAUGCACUUCAUGCAUAUCAAAUUAUAGAGAUCCAAACAACAGUUGCUAGUGCACAGGAGGUAGAGUUGAAAACCCAAGUGUUAGGCUUUUAUUAGAAUAAAAAAACCAACCAAGAAAUCUUUAAUUCUCAACAUGUGUUUGCCCAAAUUAAACAUAUGAAGAUCCAAAAACUAAAAACUGCAUUUCAUGUUCUUCAAUUUCAACUUUUUGCUUAAAUUGUGAUGCACAGGGCUGCAAUAGUUGUAGUCAAGGAAGCUAUUUAUCAAAUAAAACAUGUAUACCUUGUUAAUAAAAUUGUUUGUCAUGUAGUCAAAGCUCAUGCUCAAAUUGUUAAUCAGGUUAUUACAUUAAUAAUACUUAGUAAUGUAGCUCUUGUUCUUCACUUGUAACUAAUUGCGUUUAAUGUACUUCUUCAGGAUGCUCUUAAUGUGCCUAAGGAUAUUAUCUAAAAAAUAAUCAAUGCCUCUAAUGUUCACCUAACUGCUCAAAUGGAUGCUCAACUGAAUUAAUCUGCAAUUCGUGCUAUACUCCUUAUAGAGAUGUAAAUAAUAAAUGUGCAUGUAUAGGAGGAACAACAGAAUAACCAGGAUCAAUCCCAGGUUAAGGAUAAUGUGUAUGCUAAAACAAUUAAUAUUAUGAUACUACCAACAAUAUUUGCAAACUAUGUAGCCAAAGUUUUGGAUCUACUUGCACUUCAUGCUUGUAAACUGGGUGCAUUACAUGUGACUCUUCAAGUGGAGGAUAAUACAUAGAUCCCAACUCUCAUUCUUGUGUAGCUUGUGCAACUACAUUUGGAGCUUAAUGUCUAUCUUGCAGUACUACCUAGUGCUCAACAUGCAAUAUUGGAUACUAUUUAAAUGCAUAAAACCAAUGUACGAACUGCAAUUAAAAUUGUUCUGGUGGGUGCUCAAGUGCCAAUAAAUGCAACUCAUGCUAUACAAAUUAUAGAGACCCAAAUAAUUAAUGCAACUGUAUUGAUGGUAGACAUAGCGUUCCAGCAUCAAAUUAAAAUUAACGUAUAUUAUAAUCUACUCAUUAAAGAUUAUUAGGUUAAACAGAUUAAUGUGUGUGUAAUUCUGAUAGAGUUGAACAGCCAAAUGGCUAAUGUCAAUUGUGCUCUGCUCUAUUUGGAAGUUAAUGUACAAGCUGUAACUUAUAGACUUGCUUAACUUGUAUAAAUGGUUCUUAUGCAAAUUAAAGUGGUAUUUGUUAAUGCCCAUCUGAUUAGUAUCUUGAUGUAGGUUCAUUAACUUGCUUAUAAUGCGCUACUCAAUAUUCUUAAUACUGUAAGUCCUGUAGUAGUACUACAUGUCUUGACUGUGGGGACCCAAAUUCUUAAUAUAUACCAACUACAAAAGCAUGCUAGUGUAUUUAAGGAUAUUUUGUAUCUUCUCGAGUCAAUAACUCCUUUACUUGCUAAUAAUGUUCAUAAAAGUAUGGUAGCAAUUGUACAGUUUGCAAUGAAACUAUUUGCUAGAAUUGCUAGAAUGGCUAUAUAUACAAUCCUACCUCUUAACAAUGUGAAUGUCCUGUUGGAUAUGCUGUUAAAGAUAAUAUUUGCAAGCCAUGUUCAUAAUUAUACAAUAAAUAUUGCUCUUAAUGUGACAAUAAUCAAUGUAACUUAUGUUCUUAAUUAGAUAGAAAUCCAUUAACAGGCUGCUCUUGCAGCUAGAGCUAAGCUGCAGACUUAAAUGGGUAGUGUUAUUACUGUUCUAUAAAUCUAUCUACCCAAACGCCUGUUGCUCUAGCUACUAUAAUAAAUGCUAAUAUUGUUUGUAAUUUUAACACAGGGAACGAUGGAGAAGAGUCAAACAAAAUUCAAGGAUAAAUUUCAAUAUAUUUAGCUCUUUCUUAUAAUUUUGUUAAUUCAUAUGGAGUAAUUUAAAAAAAUACUAAACAAUACCUUUUAUCUAAUACUUACAGCAUCUAAAAUUUGGUUUUACCUCAUGGAAAUCAUUAAAUUAUUAGCAAUUUUACUUCAACAGGAAGUUAAGCUUUUACUUAAAUAUCAACAAUUUCUGUUAGUGUCAGCUCUGUCUAUAACAAUAUGCAAUAGCUUUACAUUAACUACUUCUCAUUUAAGAGCCUUUCUUCUAAGCUAGAUUUGACUCAGCUCGUUAAAUAUCUUGUAGAAAUACUAGAAGUAAAAAUGGUUUAAAGUGAUAAUAUCUCUAUUUAAUAAAAAAGCUGCUCCUCAAUUUCAUAAAAUGGUUCUAUUUGUGUCUGCAGCUCUUCUUCCUCUUAUUUUGCAGACUGUUCUGGCUCUAACUAAUAAUAUUCUUAAUUUUAGUAAAUCAUGCUGUAAUACUCCAGCUUUUUAAACAAUAACGGAGUUAAUCUUACAAAGCUAUAGCAGAUUUAAUUUAAUUACCUACUCCCACUUGUGAAUGAAUAGAUUGAUUCUACUUUUAUUAGCAAAGACUCAACUUAAGUUGAUAGCCUAGUUAGCACAAUAUAGCAAUAAUCUAAUUAAUUCAAUGAUAUUACUAAUCUUCCUUAAAAUUUCAGCUAACAAGCAAGCCAGGUAACUUAAUAAAUUUCUGGAUUACUUGAUUCUCCUUCAAUAAGCUAGGAAAACACUCAAAAAGCUAUGAAAGUAGUCACUUAAAUUUAGCAAGCUAGUUUAUAAACAAUAAAUCCCUACUAUAAGUAAGUUAAUAAACCAGAACCUGUUCCACAAAUAAUCACCAAUAACUUACUUUUGGAUUAAAAGCUUAUAAAAUGUUCAUCAGCUAACUUCACUGCUUAGAAUAUUUAAUACAUAAUAGGAGAUCCUUUUAGUGGGUCUUAGAAUAAUAGAUUUUUAGGGGUUAAUGAGCAAGCCUUUGACCAACCUACUCUUUAGAUUAGAAUUUUAGACUCUUCUUAAUGCUAAGCAAUUACUGCAGGUUCUGAAGCAGAUAAAAACUACCAUUACAAUGGUGUCAGUGCUUCAAUUUAUAAAAGCAACCCUUACUAAAAUUUAUAUGAGUUACCUUAUUAAGAGUAAAGAUAUCAGUUUUUUUCAACAUAAUUAAAAUACUUUGAUCCUUCAUAGCAGAGAAUCUUAGAUAGUUCAACAUAAGAAAGUAACCCUUAACUUUAUUCUUUGCAAUUUAAAGUUGUUAAUACUAAUCCAUAAGACAGCUCUACUAAAUUUAACAAUACGCUCUUCAAAUGUAUUUACUUUAACUAAACUGCAGAAUCUUCUAUGAAAUGGAGUUAGUGUCCUUAAAGUUAUUUCUUAGCUCAAUCCAGAAUCUUAGGAUGCAGUUGCCCUACUCAAUCUACCUAUGUAUACGAUUACGACAACAUAUUUACAGAUGAUUCAACCCAUGACUUAAUAGAAGAAGCUAAAAAGAAAUAGACUACUCUAAUUAUUAUUGCUAUCAUAUUAGCUGCUGUUUUUAUUAUUUUAAUAAUACUCUAUGCUUUUAUCUAUAAACCCAAGCAUAUUAUUUAUGAACUUGCAUAACUCGGAAAGCAAUAAGAGUUACAAGAUUCAAAUUAAGUAAAAAUUAAUGAAAAGCUCUAGACUGCGAAGGUUAAAGAUAAUGUUAAUGAUGAAACUAAAAAAUUCAACAAUAUUAUAUCCGCCUAAAGCACUCCGAUGAACCAAUUAGCUAUCACUCAAGCAUUACAAUAGUUAAAAAAUAAAAAUAAUUACUCUCCAAAUAAUAUCUAAAAUUAAUAAGCAAAUAAUUUUUCUAUAAAUAGUAAUAACAUAAAUAAUAUAAACAAUGUUCAAUAUAGUUCAGCAAAAUUCAAUCAAAACUUAAAGUUUGAUACUUUUGGUAACAAUUCAAGCUUUUAAUAAAAUAAAAAAAUGGGAGCUUCGUUCUAAGAUAACUAAGAAGCCUUGAAUUCUAAUAAUCGUUCCAUUUAAUUAAAUCCUUCAAUUUUUAAUAAUAUAAGCAAAUUUAAUGUUUAACAUAAUAACUUAACAGAUAUUCCUCUCCCUUCUGUUAAUGAAAGAAAAGAGUAUUUGCAGACAUUUGAAAAUAAUUACACUGAAAGAAAUCCAUAAGAGCAUUAAAGUUCUGAUAAAAGAUUAGAAGAAAUUCAAACCCACAAUUACUUAAAAACUAAUGCAAAUACAAACAGAGAUAUUUAAUCUAAUGCUAAGCUUUAACUUUCAAAUUCUGAAGAAAAUAUAGAAGUUGGUAGUAAAAUUCAAUUCACAAGCUAAAGUUUGAGUAAAUAGCCUAGUAAUCAAGGAUAAAAAAAAGAUAUCAAGGUCUAAGAGGAUAAUAAGGUUUGA